CUCUCCGCCCACCCAUCUCCGCGAGGGCGAGCAUGACGGGCGCAGCCCUGCGCGUGCUGAGACCUGCGAGUCGUCUUCACCAUCUUGCGCUUAGCGGGGCGGCCCAUCGUCACCUCUCGACGCACGCUUCGCCGCCGCCGCCGCCGCCGCCUCCGCCCGCCGCCGCCGCCGCCACCUCGACUACGCUGCCCAUCGUGGAGGUGCGCAGCCCGCAAGACUUUGACGAUCUGUGCGUGCGCGCCUCUGCGACGCCGCCGCCCGUCGGCGGACCCGUCAUCCUCGACUUCUACGCCGAUUGGUGCGGUCCCUGCAAGCAGCUGACGCCAAAGCUCGAGGCGCUGGUGACUGCGGCGGGCGGGACGGUUCGGCUCGCAAAGGUGAACGUGGACAAUCUCCCGGAGAUUGCGCAGGCGCUGCAGGUGGCGUCGCUUCCGACCGUGAUGCUCCUGCACGGCGGGAAGAUUGUCGACUCAUUCAAGGGCGUCCUCCCGGACGACAAGGUCAAGGAGUUCGUCGACAAGGCCGUCGCGCUCGCGGGCGGACCGGACGCGUCCGGCCCAAAGGCGCUCGAGGAGGCUGCGGCUUUGCUGGAGGGCGGCGACAUCCCGGCCGCCGCAGCAAAGUACGCCGAGAUUUGCGCGCUGCCGGAGCUCGCCGCCGCCGCCAAGGCCGGGCUCGCGCUGUGCGCGCUGCAGGACGACCAGCUCUCUGCAGCGCAGGACCUCGUCGCCGACCUGACCAAGAACCACGCGGCAGACCUUGAGGCGCCGCCCGUGAGGAAGGCGAUCGCAGCGGUGGCCCUCGCUGUCGACGCGCCCGAAGGCGGCCGCCCGGUCAGCGAGCUCCGCCUGGCGCUCGAGGCGGACCGAGACGACCACGCCGCGCGGUACGAGCUCGCGCAGCGCCUGCUCGUGUCGGGGGAACAGGCGGACGCCAUCGACGAGCUACUGCUCAUCGUGAGGCGCGACAAGGCGUGGUCCGAUGGCGCGGCGCGUCUGCUGCUGCUCAAGGUCUUCGACGCGCUCGGCAGCGGCCACGAGCUGACGAAGAAGGGCCGGCGCCGCCUCUCGAACUUCUUGAACAUAUGACGCGGCGGGUCUACACGGCCAAUACACAGGUAGUCAAUAAAGACACACCUGAUAACAGACACAUGGGAUGACGGAUGUUUGGGGGGGGUUGGGGGCAUCCCCAUCCCAACAUUUUUGAUCACAAACCCGCUAGGAUAUAUUUGAUUAAUUUUGC